GCCAAGCUCACAUCCAACGCCUACAAUACCUGCCAAGUCUCCUAUUUGCCCACCUAUCUAAAAUACUAGUCCGGGCUCAACCCAGCUUAGAGGUCGCAUUUAGGGUACAUGAUUUAAAACAAUGUCCACACCUAAAUGCUAAACAGCCGAGGCUGUCGCCACAGUUUUCUUUAUCGCUUGUCCAGUAAACGUAUUUUUAAGUCGACGUGUGGUUUUUCUUUGGUCGAGAUCCACCAUUCUCAAAGCCUCUGCGUUGCACGCGCGUUUGAUGAGGAUCUGCCCUCGCGAAGCGCUGAUUGGCUGAGGCGGGCAGGUAAGGCGAGGCCAGGUGAGAAACUUGAGAGAGAGAGGCUGUGUGGUAGAGAGGGGAGGGGAGAAGAGACGAACCGCGGAGAUCAUCGCCACGGACCCAGGUCGGCUCGUCGGGCACACGAACGCGACUGUGGCCAAGGGCUUCCUCCCAUCAACAACGAGCCCGAAGUCCUGCAGACAUGGGAGACGCGCUCUCCACUCAGCUGCUGGACGAGGGCACGCGUAGACUCGUGAGCGAGAGGACCCAACGGUGCCUGGAUAAGCUGGGCCGGCUGUACAAGCAGCAGUAUGCCGUGGCGCUCUUCAACUCCGUGCGGAGCCAGAUGGCCGAGCGGUCUGAACCUCAGCCACAGCUCGUGCCACGCAAGACCCCGCUGAAGCUGCAAGCCUCUUGGGAGGGCUAUGUGUUCCAAUACCUGCCCAGCAAGAAGAAGUGGAAGGAGCAGUAUUUUGUGGUCCAAACUGACUACCAAGUGGCCUACUAUGAGACCAAGCAGGCCUACAAGGACGGCGCGGAGCCCAGCGGGGUGCUCUGGUGCGCCGGCUUCCAGGUGCUGCCGUCCCUGCAGAAGUACCAGUCCCUGGUGGCCGUCUCCCCCAAUGCAGAACCCAAGGGCAAGGUGAGUGGCUCCCCACUGUUGCACUGCCCGACCCCGUACGCCGUCUACCUGCUCCACCCGUACCGUGAGCAUGUCUACCUGUGCACCCAGACGGCCGAGCGGCACUCCGAGUGCCACGCCGCCCUCAAAGACUCCAUCCGGCACGUCAACGCAGCGGGCGUUUCCGAAAAGGUGGAGGUGCAGGCGCUGCGCGAGAGCGUGCGUCUCUACCGGCAGGAGGGCGGCGAGUUCGGCACGUGGGCCAUGUGUACCGGCACCGAGGUGGAGAUCCUCAGUAACCUGGUGAUGGAAGAUGUCCUCCCCGCGGUGCAAACCAACUUGAAGUCCAAGCUGCGUGGUAAACCCAGCGACCAGCUCAAGGCGUGGAUCCAGGUGAAGGACAGCAUUUACGGGCAGGUGCGUAACCAGGUGAAGCCCAGGUACCAGGCGCUCGUCAAGGAGUGCGCCGAGGGCCGCCCGAGGGUCGAAGGGCUCGUCCGCUCCGACCUCAACGAGAUCCUCGCCUGCAAGGAGCAGCUGCAGCGCAAGAUCCGAGCUUGGGUCGCCCCCAGCGCCGAGCCGUUCUGGAGGAGCCAGGUGCAGCAGGAUUUGCCAACUUUGCUCGAGAGCCUCGCGGACCCCGUGGGCGAGGGCUUCUCCCAGCUGCGCGUUCUCUUCAUCGGCAAAACCUCCGAGAUCAUCGCCGAGGUCAAGAACGGCGCCAAUAACGACCAGAUCGGCAAGCUGAUGUCCAAGCUGAAAGUUCUUCCGUACAACGUGGUGGCCAUGCAGCCCAGCUACAAGAAUGUGGAGGGGCUGUGGGAGCACAAAGAGAGGCUGCGUCAGACGUUCAAUUUCACGACACUCGACACGCUCAUCGACCACGCUCAGCGACUCAUGCAGCAGUUGCUGGACAGCGCUGUGCACACCUUUGAGCAGCUGACACAUCACAACAUGUCCAAGGGCUCCGGGAAUGCACUGACAUCCCUCCUGCAAAAGGCACAGGACCGUGUGCUCAAGAAAUACGACUAUGACAGCAGCACUGUGAGGAAGAAGUUCUUCCAAGAGGCUUUGCUACAAAUCACCUUCCCUUGCGUUCUCAAGAAGCUGGCACCCACUUGUAAACAGGGUCUCGGUAAAUAUGAAGAGGAUGUCUACACAGAGUACGCGCGGGUCCUCUUCCUCCCAAACAUCUAUGAGGAGGCCCUUCUGCAGAUCGUGGCACCCGACAUCGCUAAGGCGAUUCGAGCAGCCACGAACGAGAACAAGCACAAGCUCUUCCGUGACAGCGUGAUGAUACCGGCAGACAGUGAGCCAAACCUGCUGGCGCGUCUCGCCAAUGAGCAGACACCCUGGAAGGCCGCUCGUUUCAGCGCCUUCAACCCACAGGCUCGCUCCUCCGACGACCUAGAUAGGGAGCCAGGUGAGAUCGCCAUUGAGGAAGAAGAGGAGGAGGAGGAGAGCCCGGAAAAUAGAUCACCGGUCGCCGCAAGCAACACGCCCUCGGUCAUGCAGAAGAAGGAAGCGGUCUCUGCUUCCGCGGGAGAAUUUGAAAGUGAGCGAGAGAAGCAUCGUAAAGUUGAAAUCCCACAGGUGGUGCUGCACAAGGCGCCCUCUCGGGAGCAAGAAGGGUUUGACGUUUCGGAAGACAGCGUUUUCGACAGCGACCUUAAGAACGGCUUCGAUGAAUCUCCGGCCGUGGCACGUCGAGCCGCCUCCCCGAAACACCAGAGCCCGAGCAAAGACACCGGCACGGAUGCGCCCACGCAGACGAUGACCCUACUCGAUCAGGCCGAACCAAAGUGGCACCGCAAUUCGGACGGUGACGUCUCGGAGAUUCUGGAUGCCUUGACCGUGGUGCGCCUACCGGUCGAGGAGUUUUCAGACGUUGGUGGCCCGGCGGUGAUGCGGGGGGGCAGCAGGAAGAAGUCAUCUUACAGAGGUUCAACAGAGGAUGCACACACCGAGGUCGAGGUGGAGUAUAGGUCUCUGCAGGACAAUGUGGAUGGAAAAGGGGGGCGCGAUGCACGCAGUCGUGAUGAACAGCAGGAAAAUGCGAAUGUGUGCAAUGGGUUUGCCAAUGCGUCCCCAGCCCUUGAAAAAAAAGAUGAUGGUGAUGAUGAUGAAGAAGAAGAGGCAAACGAUUCUGUUUUUUAGCAACUGUGAAAUCACAAUUUUACAGCGGAGCACAAAACCUGACAACGGCCAUUUUUGCUACUUUGUUACAUGUUAGAGGAGCAACAUAGGUAUUAUAAAUAUGCUUCAUUUUUCCUAAGUGGAAAGAGGUGAUUCAUUAUGGGGAAUGUUCAACGUGUAAGCAAGUUUCAGACACUUUUGCCAGUUUCCACCACUCCAUUUGCCACUUCUAAACUUGUAAAUAGAAAGAAUGACAAACAAAUCAUACAAUUGCUAUUACAAGGAAGGUCUUUUUUUUAGCUUUUUAUUAAAAUAACUUGGUAUAUUACUAAGGGGGGUUUAUUGUUACAAGAGUGCGUAUUAAAAUGUCACCAAGUUUGAUUCAUUGCCACUCCACAGCUACAGAAAAAAAGGUAUUUUUACAUUGUGAACAGAAACACUCGUGUAAAUUGUGGCAAUUUUUUGUUAUACAUGCAUUCCAUACGAAUAGUUUUUAGCACCAAUAUUUUCACAGGGAUUAUUUGUUUUCUGAAAAAUGUUGCAUGACGUGUUUUAUUCCAGCGUAGGUAUUCUUGGUAUC